CCCCGCCCCUUUCGGCUGCGCAUGCGCAGUGCGGCGGCGUCCGGCAGCAAUGGCGGCGGCUGUUGGAGGAGGAGGAGGAGGAGCAGCGCCGUCCGCGGGCAGCAACGGCGCCGGGAUGGAGGUGGACGCGGCAGCUCCCCCUGUGAUGGCUGGGGGUGUUCCCGGCAGUGUCGCGGUGGCGCUGCACCCAUUGGUCAUCCUCAACAUCUCCGACCACUGGAUCCGAAUGAGGUGCCAGGAGGGGCGGCCGGGACAGGUGAUUGGGGCCCUGAUUGGGCGGCAGGAGGGGCGCAGCAUUGAGGUGAUGAAUUCCUUCGAGCUGCUGGCGCACAGCGUGGACGGGCACGUGGUGAUCGACAAAGAGUAUUACCUAUACCAAGGAGAGCAGUUCAAGCAGGUGUUCAAGGAGCUGGAUUUCCUGGGCUGCUUACACGACGGGGGGACCCCCAGAACCAUGCAGACAUUCAACGUGCACAAACAGCUUCCAGUCAGCGUCUUUGAGUCGGUGAUUGACAUCAUUAAUGGGGAGGCCACGAUGCUGUUUGCGGAGCUGCCCUACACUUUGGCCACCGAGGAGGCGGAACGGAUCGGGGUGGAUCACGUGGCCAGGAUGACGGCGACGGAGGGAGCGGAGAACUCCACCGGUGCGGGGGGGAAAUGGGGCUGGGGGAUAAAAGGGGCUCUGGGUGGAAAUGGCGGAGAUAAGGGGUUUGAGGGGUUAAAGGGGAGACGGGCCAGCGUACACAGCGUCAAAUCAGGCCCCGCCCGCCCUGCAUCCCUCCUCGAUCGUUAUAUGGCGGCCGGGCUUCCUAGGCACCGCUUCUUGCGGGCGCGAACGCUACUACUGCAACCCUUCAAACCACCGGUCAAACGCUUCAAGCUGAUCCACGUGGCCGAGCAGUUCUCAUUUGCGCAGCAUCAGCGCCAUCAGAUGCUGCACAGCAGUCAGAUUAGUGAGAAGCUCAUCCUGGAGUACGUGAGGGGCGGGAAGAGGAGCGGGUGA